AUGGCGACACAAGCAGCCUUGAUCGCCGAUACAAUUAUCGGCAUGAAGCGAGCCCUGCGCCGCGAGCGCGAUGAUUCGGGUCCAGAUGACCCUAUCACGCAACCGACCAACCGCGGCAACAAAAUGCAUGCGAAUGCGAAAUUCGUCAGUGAAGGCGCGAUGGGAUAUAUCAAUGCGGAAGAGUUUUAUAAAGAGAAAAUCGAUCACGCCGGAUAUACACGUUACAUCCUGCACCGCAAUCCAAUUCGGUAUGACUCCGAAGGCGAUGAACUUGAAGAGGAGGAUGAAGAUUCUGAGGCCGACGCUGCGGCCGCUGAAGAGAAUCCGUUUUCGGGGAUCACGUUGGAAACACUCCUCUGCCCUUUGAAACACCCCUCCGAACUCCCGUCUCAUCCCUCCAUGUCUCAGCCCUAUACAUCCGAAGCCCUCGAGCAAAUGACCCUAGCCGUCGAAGAGAAGCUGCGACAGGAAAGGGCUCUACUGUGGCGGGCACGAAAUCUGCAUCGCCAAUUCUUAGGUGAUGGCGGAUGGAUUCCCUGCGGUAUUGUUGAAACCGGGGAAGAUCGCUUCAUCUUUGAGCCGCGUGAUGACAGGCAAAGCGCGUCCGCCAAGCAAAAAAGACAAAAUGGAACCGAGCCGUAUGCGAACGGUGAUCUCAACGCCCAACAAGCACAAAACGAGACGAACCACGAAGCCAGCGCGAACAAUGAAGAUGUCGAGAUGGCGGAAAUCCCUCUAGCAUCGGCGGAAACGUCCCUCAACGCUGAUACGAAUGAGCCUCUGAAGGUCCUGAAAUCCGAAGAGGCCGAUGCCACAGUUUCAGACCUCCUACAACACCCAACAGGCGCCGAGGAAUCGGGUCUAGAAGCCAGCGGGAAGCGGGAAGUGGAAACCAACGGAAGCAAGAGAACUGAUGCAAACAACGUACAAGAUAAUGAGACCGAGGAGCAAGAUGAGGAAAUGCAUGAUGGUUCUUCCCCAGAACCACCCCGCCGCAUGACGACACGCGCCCAAGCCAACAAUGCAGACAACCCGGGAGGAUCACCUAUGUCAUCCACAGACACACUCGGCGGACUACCCAAUCCACACCCACUCUUCCUAAUGCCCGAAGACGUUCGACCGGACGCGAAUUUCGGCCUGCCCCCCGCCGAAGCCGAAGAAACGCGCCGUCUGCUGUGGUCUUAUAUCCAGAAACAAGAAGAGACGGUGCGUGGCUUCGAGCAUAUGCUCGACUUGCUGUUGCGCGCUUUCCGCAUGAAGUCUGAUGUGUUGGAGUGGUGUAAGGCUGAGGGUCAUGUGGGGGAAAUGAGUGAUGGCGAGGACUGGUAUGAUCGGGAGAAAUGGGGGUUGGCGGAGAAUGAGGAUCUUAAGAAGGGGACUGAUGAGGAUGAGGCUGAGACUGUUGAUGAGGCAAGGACGACUGUGAAGAGGGGGAGGGGGAGAAGGCAGUAG